AUGUCUUCCAUCGUGUCCAGAGUAAUGAACGCUGUAACGGCAGCCAUCGCCCUUCUCCUCCUGGUACAGGUACUAACGCUGCUGCAAUUACCAACCCGAUUUCCGACCCCGGGCUUUCUACCGUCGAGCGCGCGGUCAUCCAACAAGUUCGUCCCCGCGGAAGACUGGUCUCGCUUCGCCUACGUCCAAUAUGCCACAGACGAGGUUGACCUGUGCAACUCGGUCCUGAUCUUCGAGGCUCUUCAUCGACUAGAAGCAAUGCCAGACCGAGUUUUAAUAUACCCAAGCAGCCUUUUAGACGGGGAGGGCGAUUCUUCAUUUGAGAGUCAUCUGCUUCGUAAAGCACGCGAUGAAUAUAGUGUGAAGCUGGUGCCCAUCGACGACCACCAUAACGUCGUCUGGGAAAAGGACUACCCAAAGCUUCUUGCGUUUAAUCAGACUGAAUAUGACCGCGUGCUAGUCCUAGACUCGGAUUCCACUGUCCUCCAGUCCAUGGACGAGUUAUUCUUGGGCCCACCCUCUCCCAUCGCCAUGCCCAGGGCCUACUGGCUUCACCCCGAUAGUACCGUGCUCACACCCCUACUGCUCCUCGCCGAACCAUCCCACGAGUUCGACCGCAUCACGAAAGCAGCCACCAAAGCAGGCCAUGAUGAGUACGACAUUAAUAUCAUGGAGGAUCUAUACGGAAGCAAUUUCCUUGCUCUCCCCCACCGGCAGUACGCGCUAUUAAGCAGUGAAUUCCGGUCUGUGACCCACGAUGCCUACUUCGGCGGCCAGAGGGAGGAGUGGGAUCCAGAGAAGGCCAUAGAUGAAGCAAAACUAGUCCAUUUCGCUGACUGGCCCGCCCCAAAGCCCUGGGACAGAAUAGAGGACGAUACACUUGACGAAUAUCAACCGCAUUGCGAGAGCAGCCCAGACACCGGUGAGGAAGGUGAUUGCCGGGCACGCGACAUCUGGCUAUGGCUGUACGGCGAUUUUACUAACCGGCGAAGGGACAUCUGUGGCUUGAGGACUGUUUCAGUGACUAAGGUGGAAUCUUCAUAA